CUCGCACAAACCGAUCGUUUCGUGUCUUAGGACAUCAAUGUGUCAUCACGAGCCGCAGGGUUUAAUUUGGACUUGUCUAUGCAAGUUUUAUUUACUCUUAUAGUAGAAGUUCCCAUCCACUGGCAUUAUUUGAAUUACAGACGCCAGCGGUUGGAGUUAAAAAUCAUCAUUUGUGUUCUACUGAAGAAAAAAAGUCACCUACAUCUUGGAUGCCCUGGGGGUAAGCAGAUAAACAUCAAAUUUUCAUUUUUGGGUGAACUAUCCCUUUAAGCAAAGUUAGCAACAGUCUCAUGCAGGCGCCAUAGGCUUUGUUUUGUGUAAAAACUCUGAAGGAAACUGCCUUGAGAAAAGUUUCGCUGGCAAUUUCUUACCUCUGUGUAAUGUCUAAUAAAGCUUUGUUUACAGUUUUGUUUACAGUGGUUACUGGGGAAACCGCUCUAUUUCUGCUGUUCAAUAAGGCAGAACCUGAUUUCACCAAGUGCAACAUGUUCCUGGAACAACGUCUUUGUUGAUCCUGGAACAACACAAUCAGAUUUGAAGGACAAGUUUAGUUAAUGUUUAGGUUUACAACUGGGAUUAGGUGCUUUUACAUCAGUGUUAUUCACCUAUCAUUUCCCUCUGAUUUUAGGGAUAACUUAUGGGUAGGUUUAAAUUUGAAUUUUCAGACAAGAAUGUUGUUCCAAGAUCAACAAAAUAUGUCUAACUCUGCAAAAUCAGGACGUGCUUCCAUAAGUGCCAUCUAUUGCCAGAGAGCCCAUUUACAUUCUCAUUCAGCCUGUCUGCGUUAUUUUUAUCUAUAUAUUUUGUGAAAAUCAGACCAAAUUUUUAUGCACUGUUAUAAGUUUUAUGCGCUGUUGAUGGAAAAUAAGCUAAUGUGCAUUCUAAAAUUCUAAACAAUUUGGAUAAUAAGGUAUCUAGAAUUAUUCAUAGAGCUCAGAAAAUACCUAUAAUCAUCUAUCUUUUUGAUUUUCUUAAACAUGUUUAAAGGCUGAAAUGUGAGGUUUAUCAUUUUAUAAAACAUUUUUGUCAAUAUUUUAUUUGAACAUGUUAGAUAACAUUGUUGAAAAAAGGUUGGGGACUACUACUCUACACUGUAUUUGAGUUUUAUCUGUAUCUGUUUAAUAAUGGAUGACUCAGAUACUUAUCAUAGCAGCUUGUGCAAGCCGAGGCGCGCGUGAAAAAUUAUACACAGUUAAACAUGAUGAGGAUGAUGAGGGAUUCUAGUGACAAAGAAAUCCGUUUCAUUUUCUCAGCUUGCUUGUGUUCACGUGUCAGUAAUCUAAUCUAGUUAUAAAUGAUGAGAGGAAGGUAAAGCUCACAGUAGGAUUCUUCAGAGAGUGUGUUGUGAGCUCUGUUGGGACAGUAUCCUGUGUAGUGCAUCUCAAUAUAGUUUCAUUAUGAUGUUAUAUAUGUGUAGCUUAAAAGAAACCAAGAGAGAAGAUUAAGUAUGGGGAUUAGUUUCAUAUUUUUCAUUUUUGGACUCACAGUAAGUGCUAAGGAGGAGGACCUGCAAGGCUUUCAGUCCCUGCAAACCGAGAGCGCAACCUUCAUAAUAACUAUGCCAUCAGAAGAGCAAAACAGCUCCAGUGACAACGGUGGAAAAGUUUCCACGGAAAGCCCUCCUCGCCUGACUGUGGCUGUAAUCAGUUCUCCAGGGACAGAUUUGUUCCAUACACCACAUGAGAGGCAGCACUCAAGUACAGUAAAUGCAACCACAACCAGUGAUAAAGAUGCAAUUACCUCAAAUGGGGAGAGCUUUGUCUUAGCUUAUGGCACAGGUUCACAUUCCACGAGUAAGGAUAGCACUGCAGCGAAGCCUUUUCAGUCUGAAGGAGACUACUCAUUGAUCUCCAAUGAUGAGGGAAGGCUUCAUCCCUCAGCUAAGGCUGAAUUUGAGUCAAUGAUGAAUGACACCAUGAUGCCUGCUGCUCAUCUGUCCGGAGGCAGGGAAAAGAUCUCAGCUUUUUUACACGCUUCACUGGAAAGCAAGAAUCAAAGAGUCUUGGAGUCUAUUACUCCUUCGCCCGCAAAUGACAUUCCCAUGGUAUCAGCCUCUGAUCCAGCAGUAAUUGAUAACCAUGGGGAGUCAAACGACAGUGUGGAAAGACUGGGCGAAAACAAGAAUGAAAAUUGGACUCUGGAGUCGUUUAGAGCUGAGAACCCUCUGAAUCGUACUGAAGAGGCUUCUUUGACUAAGAAUCAAUCGACCAUUAUGCAUUUUACAGUUUUGCAGGGUUUAGGGCUUUUAACCACUGAGCUCAGUCAAAACCCAAAAAAUGGAUCUGGGCAUGAGCCAAAAGAACAGAAGAAUCUGCUUUCACCAAGUUCACUGAUCCUUGAUACUCCAUUACAAGUGAAAUCACCCAGCCAAGUAAUACUUAAUAAAAUGACAGAAAGCAGCAAAAAUCCCAGCACCAAUGGACCAAAACCCUUCGGGGUGUCACUAAAGAAUCCAGACUCAAUGUUUUUAUUCUCUGCUUCAAAGCUGACCCCUACAAUGAUUCCAGACGCAACCAGGCUGAAUUAUUUUUCAAACAUGGUAACCGCUGCUGGCGAAAUGCACGUGACAAAACAAUUUGUGGCCUCGCGGUUGAUAUCCGACUCCAUGCAUAGAAUUGUCUCAGCGAGGGACGGACUAGAAAGCAAAUCCAUUUUUUACACCAAAUCAAGUAAAGAGCGUCAAAUUAAACCAACGCUCCAAACCUCAGCAAACAGUUUCGUUCAUCGCUUGAGUAAAAGUGACCUUUCUUUGGUCGCUCAAAACUCUUCUCUUCUCAAAACGUCAGAUCUUUGUACCAAAGAAGCCAGAACAUCUAAUAUAUCAGUGACAGAGAAACAUAACAAAAUGGAUCAUUUUCCAGUUCGGCUGAGUGAAUUGAUAGACUUUAGUACUGCCUCAUUUACCAAUGCUGAGGAAGCAACUAUAGCAAAUAAGCAAAUGUUCAUGAAACAGACUCAAAGUUCACUUGCCGCUUUCCGAACCCUUUUACCUCAAGAAGACACUUCAAAAAACCAUGAUCAGUUUGAUGAAUUAUCUACAGCGUUGCCUCUUCCACCUCUGACAAAGCUUGAGAAUGUGUUUCAUGUCUUCAAAGUAAAUGAUCAUCAGCCUCAAAAGCCUCUAAAUCAUUUCCCCUCAGAGAGAUUAAAGCCUUUUGUAUCAGCUCAAACUCAUGAAUCGAUUCCACUUUCGUUUACAUCUGCAACUGUGAAGAGAUUCACAAAUAUGGAAAACUUGACUAAAUUCGACUCUACUAACCAAAACCAACAGUAUGGCGUGUCACAAAAAGUCUCAUACAUCAUAUCCAAGAGGCCAAACGUGAACUCAAGCAGAUUAACAGGACACGAAACAGCAAACACAACCACAAUCAACGAAAGCAUGUCACAUUUUAGGGUCCCACUUACUAACAGCAACAUACCCACAACAAAGACCUUCAUUACAACAACUAUGUUUUUAAAACCCUGGGUGUCUUUUGCCAACAUCUCCCUUUUCGCUCGUGCAAUUCUGCAAAAAAAGUCCUUUCUGCUACCAACACCUUUCGGUAAGUCACAAAAUACUGUGACAACAGACUCCAAAGUUUUCUCAAAAAGUAAUAGCGAGUACGCCUUUUUAAAUCACUCAUUGACAACUAAAAAGAUUGGUUUGCCGUUAGAGGACAAACAACAAGAUCUUAAAAACCCAAGAGGGACUGUGAUGCUGUUUUUUGGCAGCUACACAGUUAGCAGUAUCCCAUCAGUCCAACGGCUCAUUGAAGCUCACCCUGGAGAGGUAUUUCUCACAGAAGCACCGCAAACACAAUCUGUACUUCAGAUUGAGUCAUACUUAAAGAAGAGAGAUGACAUGGUUAAACCAACAACUCUGAAACACCAUGGUCAGAACAGCAGUUCAGUUGUAGGCAUGAAUCAAACCUUGUUGAUGCCAAUUCCGCGCAAGAUUGUUUUACACCCAAUUCACACAUCUGUUUCCCCCGUUGUUCACUUGAAUACAGAGUUUAAACGACAUUUAACCCCCUCAGCUUCACCUUCAGUGUCUAUUUGGCCAGCAAUAACGCAAAAAAGUGGACAAGACAACCACAAAAAUUCACUUUCAUCAUAUCAUAUGUUUGUAAAUUUAUCAGAUGUUAAGGAGCAUCCUCAGAAUAUGACAUCCAGCCAAAUUUCUGGCAUCAGUAGGCACACAACAGCUGUAGCACAGCCAGAAGGGGCCCUAAACACGUCACUCCUUGAAUCAUCCAAUGGAACAACUUUUCCUUUGUUUCUUUUUCAAAUGCAGAAUGUGUUGCAUAAAGAGCAUUUGACCUUAACUGAAGACCACACUGAUUUUUUCUCAACAGUAAAUCAGCAUUCACAAACGACGCAAUCGGACUUUCCAGCUGAUGAAAUGUCUAGUUUAGGCGCAACAGAUGAAAUACAAAAACACCUUGGGCGGACUGCGCUGUCUGCUGUUACUGGGGAAAAGUUCUCUCCUCUUGUCCAUGCGGAUUUAAGUUUCUCAAGUACAGAGAAACAAUUGCUCCCCAAUGGUUCAUUACCGUCCAGGGGAGGAAGUGAAGAUAUUUCACAUGCCAUCACUCCAUUUGCUGAAAGUGACUAUGGGAGAUCUACUGAGUUUGUGUCAGACCUGCCAGUAAUAAACAGGAAGAGGAGGGUUACAUCAUCCGAUUCUCUCAGUGGUCUGGCGCAAAUCUCAGAUGAUAUCUGCGGCACUGGCAACUACACAGCAGAGAUGAGUCUGAACUUGGAGAGAGAUAUCAUGCCCGGAGAUCUCAUCCCUGCCCUAGGAAACCUGCGUGUCGUCAUCAGCCUCAAAACAAAUAACAGCCAGGUGAACCUAGAGAUAAAAUCCUGCUGCCUCUCUCCCACUGGAAGACUUGAUGAAUUUAACACCACCUGCUGCAUUUUUUCCAGGCUGCCUAUAGAGCCCCAUGGCAUUAGACUGCUUCCUAGCGUCCUGUCAAAGAGGGCUAGCUUCACCAUCAGUCUCUUCCAGAUGAUCAAUUACUCCACCGCUUACCUGCACUGUGACCUGAGCGUGUGCUUGAGGAACCAUUCUGAGUGCGAGAGGCAGUGUUUGCAGCAUCGAAAUGCACAUCUCAGAGAGGAAUCGAGGGCCAUCUUCAGCAGCACAGGAAAUCGCAUUUCUUUCGGCCCUGUUUUGAAAGGAGCAGACAAUUCAUCAGCCUCUGAAACAGCAGAUGACACUGAAGCCAUGGUGGUGAUUAUCAGCUCAGUGGCCUGCUGUUUGCUGGCGUGUUUGGCUCUCUUGCUUGUCUGGAUUGGGAACAGGCGUUGUCUGCAAAGGUCUGCCUACUGCUGGUCCAGGGGCCUUUGUGAAUGCUAACAAAACGGCGCUCACUGCAAUUCAGCCAACCGGACUAAAAUCUGCAUCGAGCACUCAAUCAUUAUCUGACAGUUUUUGAAUUGCUCAUCAUUAUGUUUAGUUGCUGCACUGGGUAUUAACAUUGUUAAAAGUGACUCAAAGUGCUCUUGAAUAAUCAUUUAUACUGCAUUAUAGUGCCAAGCUUUGAGAAUUUCAAUAGAGAUGUUAAAAAUACAAGCCGAUUAACCAGUUCAAUGUGAAUACUUAUACUGAGUAAAUAUUGUCAGCACACAGCUAUUUAAAGGGAUAAUUCACAUAAUUCACCCUCAUGUCGUUUCAGAACCUACCUUCCUUCUGUAUUAAAGUGCAGUCACAUUUACCUUAGUUUGGCAAAUUUUCUCAGACGAAAUCCAGUCAUUUCUGUAGGAAUCAAUGUGAAUGGGGAUUUAAUUUGAUGACAAAAGAUUUCCCCACAAAAAUUUUGCAAGGGGUUCAAGUUUCUCAAACAGAUUGUCCAACUGAUUGGUUUAAAAGAGACUUCAGUAUGAGCUGUGCUCUAUACAUUGCUAUAUUAUUGACAAUAGACAAUGGUCAAUGUUGCUGAAAUUUUGUGCUAUAUGUCAAGUCAAGUCACCUUUAUUUAUAUAGCGCUUUUUACAAUGCAGAUAGUGUCAAAGCAGCUUUACAUUGAUAACUGGUAUAUAUUUUUGGCUGCACAGCAGCUCUUCAAGAAU